UCAUGCUGAGUUCAUGUAGGUACCUUCUUUAGCUGGCUCUUUUCAGAGGCAAAGGCAGGACAAUGCUGCUCUCUGCUGUUCACAGUGCUGCAGGAUAAGAACCACCACCAUGAUAUCCUCUGCCCUAUUUUGGGGACUUAUUUCCCUCAUUGGUACUUCCAAGGGCUUGUCCCCUUUAACUCACUCAAUGAACCCUCUCCUGCAACCCCGCCUGUACCAUGGCUGCUACGGUGACAUCCUGACCAUGGAUACCCCUGGGGCCACCUGUGAUAUAACAAGGUUGAUUAACUGUGGGAUCCGUGGUUCUGAAAUGUUUGCCGAGAUGGAUUUGAGGGCCAUAAGGCCUUACCAGACGCUGAUCAAAGAAGUUGGACUGAGGUAUUGUGUGGACCCAGCUCUCAUUGCAGCCAUCAUCUCCAGAGAAAGCCAUGGUGGAACCAUCCUUAAAGAUGGCUGGGACCACAGGGGACAUAAGUUUGGCUUGAUGCAGCUUGAUAAACAAAUUUACAAACCUGUUGGUGCCUGGGACAGCAAAGAACACCUUUUGCAGGCUGUUGGGAUUCUCACAGACAGAAUUAAGACAAUCCAGAAAAAAUUCCCCACGUGGAAUGUGGCUCAGCACCUCAAAGGUGGUCUCUCGGCCUAUAAGUCAGGAGCUGAUGCAAUUGUCACCCCCAUGGACAUAGACAAUGAUUUGGUCAAUGAUCUUCUCGCCCGAGCUAAAUUCUAUAAAAGACAUAGCUUCUAGAUUCUGUGGGUGGGUCAAGUUAGCAGGUGCUCAAAUGGCCUCUUUUUUGAGGGUUUGAUAUGUUGUGUCCAACCCUGGCAAAAGAAUGGUUUCAUUUGACAGAAAAUCCAUUCCUUAAUUUUUAAAUGCAAAUAACCAUAAACAAGAAAAGAAA